CUGCAGCUCUCCUGUGAUCCUGCAGGAAUCAGGAAGGAACUGAGAUAAAUAUAAUAUGUGUUUCUAUUUCUCAGAAAUGAUUUAAACUGAGAACAAACCGAAGGUUUAGGUUGUGAACCUCAAAGUGCUAAAACAUGCUAAUAACAGCUGUUAGAUUUUUGUUGCUACAAGUUAAACUUUUAGUUUGACUUUUUAACUGAGGCUUGAAAGAAACGCAGAAACAGUUUAGGGAAGAUUUUAGGAGAGAAACAUUUUAAACCAGUUGAACUAAAAGCUACAGAAGUUUGAGUUGGUUUGACAAUCAGGAAACUGAAGUUAAAAGUUUUUAAGUUGAGCAACAAACUUUAGCAAAAAAAACUUUGUGUUCAGCUAAAAUAAGACAUAGUGUUGCAUAAAGAGGCAAAUGAUGUUUUCAGUGAGUGUCAAACUGCUGCUGGUCUCAUUGGAUCCAGCUGCAGAAUGGAGGGAACAUCUGUCCUCAGGCUGCUGGCUCUGAUCUCUCUGCUGAGCCGCUCAACAAACCAAGUUCGUCUGACUGUGAGUCCCAGCAGAUCUCAGUUCUUUAGAGGAGAAUCAGUGACUCUGAUCUGUGAGGAUGAAAACAGAUCUGAUGGAUGGACUGUGAGGAGAAACACAACCUCAGAGACCAGGACUGAGUGUGAUAAAGAUGGAUGGUGGAGAAAAGAUGGAUCUACCUGUAAAACCAGCAGCAUCAGAGAACAUGACACUGGUCUGUACUGGUGUGAGUCCAUGUCUGGAUCCUCCAGCAGCAGCAGCAGCAUCCAGCUCUCUGUCUCUGGUGGAUCAGUGAUCCUGCAGAGUCCUGUCCUCCCUGUGAUGGAGGGAGAUGACGUCACUCUGAGCUGCAGAGCAAAGAAUCCAACCCACAACCUCCCAGCUGCUUUCUAUAAAGAUGGCUCCUUCAUUGGUGAUGGACCAUCAGGUCACAUGACCCUCCUCCAUGUUUCCAGCUCUGAUGAAGGCCUCUAUAAAUGUAACAUCAGCCGUCAUGGAGAGUCUCCAUCCAGCAGGAUCUCUGUCAAAGAAAGAAAAACAACCACAGCCCCUCCUGAAGCUCCGCCCACUACCGAAGCUCCUCCCACUACCGACGCUCCUCCCACUUACUCACCUUCCCCUCUCCUCAUCAUCACUCUGCUCUGCCACCUGGUGGUGAUGUUCCUGUUCUUCAUCUGCUCUUUCCUCUUGUUUUCAUUUGGACUCAGAACCAAAGGAAGUGACCCGUCACCAUGUGUGAAGAUGACUCCGCCCCCCCAGGCUGAGCUGGUACCAGAUGAUGAUGAUGAUGAUGAUGAUGAUGACGUCACCACAGAGCAUCACUUCUGAACCAAACAGUCUCAUCCUGCUCUGCUCCAAAUUUCUUCUUCCUCUUUGU